CGCAUCUUCGAACUAUUGGGGUUAAGUUGUCUCUUGCGUUGCCGCCAUCUCAUGUCGCUGUCACCAUCGGAGUUGCCGAGGCCGAGGUGCUUUGCUGUUCUCAUCCUCGUAGAAUUUGUUUCCGGAAUUCUGGGGUUUAUUGCAGGAUAUGUUAAAUACAAAAAGGUGAACGGAUAUAGGAUGCCUGAUGAUUGUAUUACCCCGGGAAAUUUUGGCGGCGGUGCUGAAAAGUAUGAUUGUAAUGCGGGCCUGGCGGUGGUCGUUGCUCUCUCCCUAGCGAUUAUCUUCAUUGUGAUUUCUCAGGCCUUCCUUUUGAUAAAUGGAGGUUGUCACUACAGAUUUCCUUCACCAGAUGAUCCUCCGGGUACAAAAAAAGUGAAGCCUGCCGUUUGGUUGUUCUAUCUAAUGAUUUUCUUUGGUGUUAUAGUAUGUGUUCUUCUAGGGAUGGGAAUACCAAGAAAAGGGAGAUCUACACCAAAGAUGUGCCCCUCUAUACCUAAUAGUGACUCCACAACGGCUUACGCUCCAAGUUUUCAGGAACCGCAUAGUAAAAAGGUAUGCACUGCACCUGCUGCUCCCAUCAUUGGAGGUAUUGGGGUGUUCUUCCAUGUGGCCAUCAGCAUGCUUUACUAUGCGUAUGCAGCUGACAAGAACAAUCCUAGCUAAUCUCCCAAGAUAAGCUAGCCCUGUCCAGCAGUCUGCACUUUAUUAUAUAUAGUUCCAGGCCUUAUACUCCAAUUACUUACCCAAUUACUGAUUAAUUGCCAAGGACACCAUAUUACUAUUUUCUUCUUAUUACAUACCAAGUGUAUCACUAUAAUCCUCAGAUCAUAUUUCUGUUCUUCUUAGUUUUUAUGAUAUUUUUCCUUCUACCAAUUUCCAUUAACG